UGCUUCAUUUUACCUGUUAUUAAUUUCAGGCAGGAAUAAAAAGGGCGAGAGUCGUUUUGGACGCAAAACUUGUUUAUUUUUUAAAUAUCUUCUUAAAUGGAAGCUUCAAGGCAGAUAAUAUUUAAGACUUAAGUCUUAAACCGUUAAACUGCGUGUCUAAAUUCUGAGAGGAAAAGGGAGUUUGUCGCAAACAUAAUACGCCCUCCUGUUGACCUUACUGAGCGGAUCUCUUUCACGCGCUCUGAACCCCAGCGCGCGCCUCCGGAGCGCUCGUGGGGCUGUCAUACUUGUCCCCCUGACUGUCAGUGAAAUUUAUUAGCAGCUUAUCUGGCAGAAGAAAUUCGCUACGAGCACAUGGAGGGACAGUUACUGUGGGUGCUGUGCGAGGGAAAGCGCCGAGGAACCAUACUUUUCUGAGUCUUCAAGACACGUGAGUACAAUUUGAUUUAAUCAGACUGCACUACACAAAACAGUAAAGGGUUAGACUCGCUAUGUAAAGCACCAUGCAUGCUAAUCUAGACUGAAAAUCCAGGUUUAGAUUCACUAAUUAGAAGGUAUUGCGCACACAAAGGCUGUGUUUAUUCGCGGAUUAAAAACCAGUCAUAUCCUGAAAAUAUUCACCCAAAUGAGCUACACAGUAUGAGCACGGGGUUAAAAACAAGCAAACACCAGGCUCCACCUUAACUUUGUAUUUGCUUGGAAGUUUGGCUGACUUUAUGAUGGAAAUAAUAACUAGUAGUAAAUGUUCUGAUUCUGCUCUGACUUCAAAAGUCUGAAAUGAUCUGUUUAUAUGUAUAUAGACCAAAUCAGACAAGUGUUUGGCUUCAGCCUACUACAUGUUUGUGAUGAACAAAGCCCCCUCCCCUCCUUUUUUUUUGAAACCUCUCUUGUGUGAUGGUGGCAGCUCCCCAUACCCAUUGUGAAGAUGAAAGGAAGAGGAAGACGCCAGUGUAAAUUCAGAAAAGUCAUGUUCACUGUUCAUACUCUAGCCUUCCUGUUUUCCAUACAUGCAGAAGAGCGCACAGCUUCUUGUACACACACUUAACUGCUAUCUACUACUUCUCUGUGGAUUAUCUUCUUGGUUUUUUUUUUUUGUUUAUUGUUCUAUGAUUUUUAUGAUCAUUCUAUGAUCAUUUAAAGCUUUUCACAGCGUUGUGAUGGUGGAAUAGGACGGUCAUGUGGUGUAGGAGAAAAAGGAGGCACAGGUAUCGGAAUGCCACAGGCUGUCUCACUGCUGUCCUUCCUGCUAGUGCUCAUUGGAUAUGCUUUUGCAGGGCUCAAUAUCUGGCCCUCCUUGCAUUCUGCCCUAAGCAACAGCAGCGUAUUUGUGGACUUCAGCAUAAAAUCCAACAGCAGCACCAUCCGGAGCAGGAGCCUAUCUCUGGUCAACACGGAAAGCAACACCACUGUUCUGACCAAGACUCUCCACAACAAUCAACCGGCUGGCAGGGUGGAGUUCAACUGCUCCUGCUUCCUGUACGCAGGAACUUUCCGGUUCCUGCUGAGACAAACCAGCAUCUCCACUGUUUUCCCUACUAAUAGCACAGAGGGCAGUAGCAUAGAGAGCACUACCUGGUGGUGGAGUUCAGAACUACAAGUCCAUUGGCCAACCUUUCAUAUUGCUGUGGAGAGAGCUGGGAACCACUCGGGAUCCUUUCAGGUUGGGAUAUCCACUAAUGAACACUUUCAGGCUUGUUCCAGCGGCAUUGAUUCUGCUCUCUCACUAGAAGUCAGCUAUGUGGAGUACAACCAAAUAGGUCAUAACAGCAUCAACAAGGUCCGAGCCCUCACCCGAAUCCCAAUCAAACCCCUCCGUUCUCAGAGUGUUGAACUGUCCUGUGCCUUCCCUUUCACAGACAGAGAUUUCAUAAGAGUUGCUCUACGGUCUCCUCACACAGCACAGGAGGUGAAGAGCUCUGGACCGCUCUACCUGUCCCGUAUCUUCUCCUAUAAGUUGCUAGUGGAAAAUGCCAAUGCUUACAAGAGUGGCUGUGAGGGGACUAUGACUGUUAAAUUGAUCACCCCACCCUGUGCUCACAUCAAUGGGAAAGUAUUACUGUAUAGCGAUGCUGCUUCAUCUGCAGUGAUGGGGUUCAGACCAGAGGAGCCCACUUCUCCCCCGUUGGCCUUUAACUGGCUGACUCAUGGAGAGAAUGAAACUGAAUUCAACUGCUCAGUGUUUUACCCGGGAAGGAAUAAGUACUGCUUUCGCUUUGUUUUCAACUACAGCCGCUCGCCCAGUCCAGCACAGACGUGUCUGGUGGCUUACAAAAGUGCAGAGUCAUGGGGGCCAUGGCAGCCGUGGAGUGUGUGCAGCGUGAGCUGUGGAGAAGGGGUGAGGGAACGAGUGCGUGAGUGUUUACUGCCCUCAGGUGUGCGAGGGAUGCAGUGCACUGGCAUGAUCAAGGAGCAGUCCCUGUGUUCACUAGAGGAUUGUGUCGUGGUACCAGCUCCUUCUCCAUCUCUCCCACCUGCACCGGUUGGAGCUGCACCCUUGGGCGGUAACAUGAUUGUGGUAGUUGGUAUCUCCCUUUGCCUGGCUGUGAUUAUGGCUACUGUUGUGGUGACUGUGUGGAGAAAAUUUUGCCAGAGCCCUCAGUGCAGCUCUGUGCGGAAAAGCUCCAUGCAUUCUCCUGGAGGGCGCAAGCUCUCAGAUGAGGCCUCCAUCUGUGGGCACAGCCUACAAAGACCCAGCCUGUCUGAUGUUCACAGCCCUUCAGGGGGCAUGGGUGUGGCUGCAGCCCAAAAAGAUGGGGCUUUCUUGGGAAGUCAACCUCUCUCACAGACCAUGGUGAUACCACUCCCACAGGACCCGGAAAGGCUAUCUCCCACUGGCCAGAAGGUGUUUCCACCAAUAUUUGGGUACAAAUUGGCACAACAACAGUUGAAAGAGAUGAAGAAGAAGGGCUUAAAGGAGGCUACACAGCUGUACCAUGUCUCUUCGAGCCCUGUCCAUGACACUGUUGUAGACACAUCUGCUUCACCCACCAUCUCUCCCAUUCCUACACCGAUUGGAUUUGCUCAUUCUGCCUCCCCUUUAGGUCUACAGGGUGAUUCUAAACUCAAGAACUUUCACAUUGCAGCUCCCUUUUCUGAACCACUACCACAGACUUUUAGGGCCACACCAGACAGACUGAGUCCUAGAGUGGAACUGAUCAUAGGUCCUCCUGUUGCUGCUCACGCAAGUAGGAGCAGCUCCAAGUGGCAUGACCGCACUGCUGACUGGGUAGAGAUGGUAGAGAGGACUGGGCUAACAGGUUUCAGAGAAGAAGGACAUGCAGCAAUGGGAAACUCUUAUCAUAAGAAUCCAAAUUUCCGACGGACUUCCAGUUUUAAUGAUGCCAAACCUCAGCUACCGUCGUCCGCACAGUCCAGACAGUUCAGAGAAAGAAGCCUGACCCAGGUGGGAUCUCGGACUCUUCCCGAAGGAAGCUGUUGGAGCAAAGGAGAGUGGGAGAGACAGCCAUAUCGCUCUUACCCAAUUCCAGAGCAUGGGGCUUCAGAGUGGGCUAGAUCCAGACUCCAGAAAAGUGACGGGAGGAAGCCCUGGACAGAGAAACCAGCGCUUUCGCACAUUAAUGAAAUCAAACAUGCAGGAACCAACACAAACACAAUUUCAGCAUCUGGGACACAGGGUAAAUCUGACUUUAAUAGCACAGCAGAGAGGAGAAAGAACAGUGAGCAAGUUUCAGGGAUCGGGGGUCCCGCCGCAGCACCUGUUAGUUCUCAGGGAGUGAACCAGUUGAGUUUGGAUCGGGCUGAACAGAACUGGAACCGUCGUGGACCCUCACCAAUUCAGAGGAACAUCCUGGCCCGGAAAUUAAAGGAGGCUCAGUCCUACUCUGCAGCCAAGGGGCGCAAGCGCAGCUCCAGUUUUACUGCUUCAUCCUCAGAGCAGAGGAAAGGUCGCUGCCACUCUCUGCCCGUGACUGAGGAGUACAGCAGUAGCGAUGGCUCUCCCUACAAGCUGAGCGAGGCAGAACAAAAGAUGCUGGAUCUAGAUCUGUCCUCGUCAUAUGUAUGGGAGGAGGAGUAGAUCACAAACUACAGCUGAGAAAAACUGCCACUGAUAAUUACAUUUAUCCUUUGCCCUUCACCCUACGUCUGUGUACCCACCUAUGUAUUGUAAUGUUACGGAUUUAUCUCUAUAUGUUUUUAUCUUUUAAAGUUCUUAUUUUAGACUUUUUUAGAAUUUUUUAAGGUUUGUUUUGAUAUUUUGUAAUAUUAUUACUGACUUUGUGAAUUGGUAAAGUUUUAUUUAAUUCACUGUAUGCCAUUGCUGAGAUUUUUAACACACUUUGGAAAUACAUUUCUGCUCUGUACUUCAACAGCUGGUACAAUAAACCUGUCACAUUA